CUUCCAUUUUUGUCAUCUUUUGACCAAAACCAGAAGGAGAGUGGGGGAAAGUUGCUCACGGGAUCAAACCGCUAGUCAACGGCUCCCCUGCAAAAUGGGUUCAGUUUCAAUGGCAACACCAGUCCAGGAACUGGCCACCGACGGGCAGGAUCCAUCUGAAAGGUACAAUUACGGAGGGAGCGGCGGUGGAGCUCUGAACGCCUCAGUUCCACUGGUGGAGAUUCCAGUCGUCGACGUUGGUCGCCUGAUUUCUUCGCCUUCAGCUGCAAAUCACGAGCUCCAGAAACUGAGCUUGGCUCUCAGUUCUUGGGGCUGCUUUCAGGUAGUGAACCAUGGAAUGACAAAUUCAUUCGUGGGCAGAGUCCAUGAAAUCUCCAAGCAGUUCUUUGAUCUUCCAAAGGAAGAAAAGCACAGAUACACCAGAGAACCUGAUAGCAUUGAAGGGUAUGGCACUGAUAUGAUAGUUGCAGAGAAUCAAACACUUGAUUGGAUUGACAGAUUGUACCUCACCUUGAACCCUCCAAACCAGGUCCAGCUCAAGUUCUGGCCAGAAAAGCCCGAGACUUUCAGGGAAACACUGCAGGAGUAUGGGGUGAAGCUGGAAGAGCUAAACCAGAUUCUGCUUAAAGCCAUGGCGAAAUCACUUGAAUUGGAGGAGAACUGCUUUCUGGACCAGUAUGGAGAAGGUGCAUUGAUGACAGCAAGGUUCAAUCUCUACCCACCAUGUCCUAGGCCGGAUCAAAUCAUCGGAGUGAAACCACACGCAGAUGCAUCAGCUCUCACGUUCCUUCUGCCGGAUAAAGAAGUGGGAGGUCUGCAGUUCCUGAAGGACAAUGAAUGGUUCACAGUCCCCAUCAUACCACAUGCUCUUCUGGUUAAUGUUGGUGAUCAAGCAGAGAUCAUGAGCAACGGAGUGUUCAAGAGUCCGGUGCACAGAGUGGUGACGAAUUCGGAGAAGGAAAGGCACAGCCUAGCAGUGUUCUGCAUCCCUUCUGCAGGGCAUGAGAUCAAACCAGCUGAAGGAUUGAUCAGCGAGACCCGGCCAGCUCUGUACAGGAAGGUUAAGGAUUAUGUUAGUAUCUACUUCGAGUACUACCAGCGAGGGAGGAGGCCGAUCGAGGCAGCCAUGCUUUGAUCCUCCUUAUUCUCUUUCAGUUUGUUGCAAUCUCAGACCAUUCCUACACUAAACUGACAAUGCUCUUCAAUUAGUUGCUUGUUACUUUUCUUCUUACACAAAUGUGAGAUCACUAACAAAUUCAUCACUGAAAUUCAAAAUGUUCGACGUAAACAUUUACGUUUCGUUUCGACAUCAUAUGAAAGAUAAAUCGAAAGUGUACCUUAGACGCAGCCAUAUUUUGCAACGGUACCAUUGGAGCAUGAAAUACUUCCAUAGUUCUUAGGCUGAGAUAAAGGAUCACGUAACAGUUGUGAUUAACAAACCUAAGUAGUUGCG